UUUUUAUUAUGUGACCCGAUAAACGAACAAUGACUUUAUUAUUUUUAGGAAUGUUUUUUGUGCAUCUCAUCCGGCCCUACAGUAUUUUCUUUUUAAUGGCACACGUCAAUUCCAGUGCAGUAGGUCUCCCGUAGGUUUUUAUAAUUUUAUUUUAUUUUUUUUUUUUUUUUUUUUUUUUUUUUUUUUUUAUCAUCAUAUUCUACACGAGACCGUUGACUAGUGAUAUUAAUUAUAUCGUAUUGUUAUUAAUUACAAAUAAGUUGUUAUACCUACUCGUAAUUAGUUCGUAAUAAAUCGCCAAACGCAAUGACUACGCUCAACAACAAUUAUGAUUCAGAAUUACUGGAAGAUGCAAUUUUACAAGUAAACUAGACGUUUUUGUUUUUUGUUUUUCCUAAACAUUUAUUUCGCGGACGCUGACCGUAUAGAUUUUAACAUUAAAAAAUCACCGUGAACGCUGCGGCCAUACGUUUAUUGUAAAUUCACGGUUUUCCUCGAAUGCAAAUUGCACUUGUCCGAUGUACGCCUCCCUCCCCUCCCCCCCCGCCCUUUUCGCUUUAACAACUUGUAAAUAAUAAAACUUGUACGACAGACCGUUGUAGUUGUUACCUGGUAAGUAGGUAGUUUUAAACCAUUUUAAACUCGCGGGUUCAAUUAACCCGGAAAACAUGUUAUUAGUAACCCAGUUCUUUUGGCCAUUAUACAACGUUAAAUGUUUAACAAUUUACACACUGUGUAAGUUGUACCUAUAAUAAACAGGUGCAUUUUUUAGCCGGCAAAUAAAAUGUAAUUAUUUUCACCUCUAAAAUACUAUUGAGGGGUAUAACAAGGUAUUGUAAUCAAUGGGGCAAAUUAAAUUACAUUUUGUAUCCGUGGCUAAAAAGAUUGGACAAAAAUAUAAUUAUGCGUUACUCAAAUAUAAACGUUUUAAUGACAUUGUUAAUUGGUACCUAUUAGUAUACUAGGUACAUAUUUAAUAUUAAUAUUAUACCCCGGAUGUGUUUACGCAAUCAGUAAGUUUGUAUUGAAUUUAUUUUUAAUUUUUUAGUGUAAACAGACUUUUGAAAAUAUCCUCUGUGUGCAGACUACCGCCUUGCUGAAAAAAUCAGCGCUUGAAAAAAUAUACAAAGUACUGCAAGAAUUCAUGUGUAAAAUCAAUGACAGCGUAUCGGGAAAAGAAGUAAUUCAUUACGAGGGCGAUUUGGAUAAAAUGUAUGCGAGUACACUAAAUAGGUUUUUCUGUUUGAAUUGUAUUUUAUUUAGAUUCUAAAUUUUGGUUUAAUUUUUUUUUUUUUUUUUUCAGAAAUUAUAGAAGGACAGAUUUUUCCAAAACAAAAGUAACCCACAAUGCAUUCGAUAGUUUUAAAGCUCUGUGCAAUGAAAAGAAUCCUUGUAAGUCUAAUGACCAUUUUACUAACCCUGUAUGUGUAAUUUAUUUAUCAAUCCAUUCAUGUUAUGGUUAUUGUAUAUAUAGCUGCCAAAAAAAAACUAGCGUACGAAUGCGCCGACUGCAAAUACCAAACGCUCAGAAAGUCAGAUUUGAAAAAACAUUUAAAACGUCACAUGGGCGUGUGCGAUUAUUGUUGCAACUAUUGUGAAAGAAAAUUUUUCGACAAAUACAGCUUGGAGAGACACAUAAAUGCCAACCACACCAAAAAACAACAAUAUUCUUGUACAACGGUAUUGUCUAAUCAUCAGUUAUUUAUAUGAUAUUUUAUGAAAGUUGUGCGCACUGAUUUUCUAUUAAACACUGCUCAUAGUGUUAAUUAAAUCUCUUACCAUUGAAGUAAGAAAUAAUAUGUUCAUUGUUUGCUUUACAGUGUACGUACACUACAUACUUGUUUGAUUCAUUGAAACGUCAUAAAAAAGUGAAACACGGUGAUCAUACAGAAUCAAAAUAUAUUUGCUCUGUCUGUUACCAUGUAAGUGCUACCAAACAGGAUAUGACAAUUCAUUCAUAUAGUCACGACCAAACUAAACCUUACAUGUAAGUAUCAUUAUAAUUAUAAAUUAUAAUAAUAUGAUUAUAUUAAUAAUAUAUUUUUGUGUGACAAAAAAGUAUAAAAUACUUUUUUGAAUUUUCAAUCCGACCGUUUUUAAAAAAAACUUGUGGACGGUAAAUAAUACAGCACCUAUUAUAAGGUAUUCUUAACAAUCAAAUGUAAAUAAUAGAACAAUAUUUUCUCUAACAGUUAAGUAACAAAGUUAUUUGAAUGCGAGUAUUUCGUUGUAAUUUAUUAUGUCUCGCGUUUGUCAUUGAAGGUGCGAGGAAUGCGGUUCUAUGUUUGCCAUCAAAAGUCGACUGAAAACACAUAAGAACACUGUGCACAACGAACGCAUGCACACGUGUCAAGUUUGUGACAAAUCAUUUCAAACGAUGUCACUGUUGAAGAGGCACACAAUAAUACACUCUCGUUCCAAGCCAUUCUCGUGUCCAUUCUGCAAUCACUCGUCUAACAGCCAGAGCAACUUGACCAAACAUGUGCGCAACAUUCACUCAAUGGCAGACUUUUCUUACCAUAAGUGAAUUUCCCUGCUACGAUAUUUACUAUCACAAAUCUACAAUGGACAAGUUAAUACAAUUUUUUUUUUUCUUUUUCAGGUUUAUAAAUGGAAAAUAACACUGUUUAAUUGUGUAUGCAUCUAUUUGUUACCACACUGUCUUGUUAGAUGAUCGGAGCUUAUGAUUGCAUUGUUAACAAUGGCCUUUCAAUAUCAACCUUAUAUUUAUUAUGCUAAUAUGUGUUCAUUUAAAAUUGUUUUUAUUAUAUUUGUAUGCAAUUUAAAUAGUUAACAGAGAAUAAUAUUAUUUAGCUUUUUGCGUACAAAUAAUCUACCCAAAUUGUAUUAUUUUUAGAUUCUAAACAAAGUGAGGAUUGUAUUGGUGAUAAUGAUGUUUAAUUUUUUUUUUUUUCUGUGAAAAAUUUUUCUUCUAGAAAUUUUGCUUCAAUUUUCAAGUGUAGUAUUUUUUCUAAAAGAAAAUUGAACUGUAGUAAUACUUUAGGGAAGUCAUAUUUUGAUUUUUCCAGUGGUUUUCUUAAUAAAAUAGGAAAAACGGCGAAAUUUAUUAUUUUCAAAUCGUAAAUAUUAUGACCUUUCAAAACAUAUAUACCCGAACUCUGCUCGAAAUCUAUUUUUCAUUACCAAAGAUUAAUCACUGUUUAGAAAUAUACAUUAAAUUCGCAUCUAUACAUCCUUCAUACAAAUUAUGUCCCUAUCUUUUUACUACUUACCUUCAUUAUUUCACUAUAUAUUACUAAUAUACCUUAACCAUUAAUCGGUAAGUAAUUAUUAAGUCAUAUCAAUUGUUAUUUAUUAUGAACUUUAAAGACCUCACUAAGUGAUUUUUUGAUUAAUUAUAUAUUAUAAUAUUAAUUUGUUACUAAUUAAAAAUUGUGUCAAGUUUAAAUUAACUGAUUUAAAUGGUUUUAUUUUGAUUGUUUCAUUUUUAUAUUUUAUAAUUCAAUGUAUGGGGGUAUAGAUAUAAGUUUUUUUAAUUUUUACUGGUGUUUUCAAUAUAAUUUUGUGUAUGGUUGUUUUUAACAUUUCGAAGAUUUUUAUCUGUACUAAAUGUUAUAUAUUCUUUAUACUAACUAGAGUUCAACAGAAUUUGUACGCUUAAACAUUAUGGGAUUAGCAUGUAAAACAUAUACGAAUUAAUAAUAUAUCGUUUAUAAAAACAAUAAAUAUUGUUUUCAAAUUGUUAUGUUACUAAA